AUGUACAAUCCCUACCAAGCACCGGGACAAUAUGGCGCGCCGCCAGGUUCAGAACACGGCGGUGGCUUUCCUGGAGCGCCGCCGGGAAUGGCCCCCCCUCCUGGUAUGGCACCUCCCGGCAUAGGAGCCCCUCCGGGCAUGCAGCAGCAAGACGCUCACCUACCAGGCAGACCUGGCGGCAGCUUCCCAGCAAACUUCCAGCCGCCGGUAAACAUGCCCAACAUAAACUUCUCGGCACCGGUCAUCCGCCUCGGCACCUCCGGCCCCGCGAAGCCUGAUGUUGCGGGUGGUGGGAGAGAUGAUCGUGAAAGACAAGGAGGAGGUGGUGGUGGACGCAGAGCGGGCUUGGGUUCAGGCAUCGGCGGCUCUGACUUCCGCGGAGGAGGGGCCGGCGGUGGAGGCGGAGAAAGAGAGCGCAUUACACAGGUACAGCCGCAGACAAAGGAGGAAAUCAUCAAGACCAUCUUCGUCGGCGCGAUCACCGAGGGCGCAGGUGGUGACGAAGGGAUUGAACGGAUCCUGCGUGCGGCGGGGAAUUUGAGGAGAUGGGUCAGAGCCACAGAUGCCGAUGAGAAGCCUUGCAAGUUUGGAUUUGCGGAGUACGAGGACGCCACGAGUCUCAGUACUGCUAUUGAGGUUCUAAGGGAGGUCGAAGUCCCUGUCAAGCGGCAGACUCCCAAGGAUGGAAAGCAGGUUGAAGAAGGAGGUGAUGGAAAUGUCGAGAUGUCGAAAUUGAUUAUCGUCGCCGAUGACAUUUCACUCAGCUACAUUGAGCAAUGGGAAGAGUCCCAGGGGCAGGAUGCUGAAUCAGCUCAAAUGCGACUAGACCAUGCCCGGGCUGCACUCCAAGCCGUUCUAGCAGAUCUUGCCAAUCCAUCCGUACCACAACCGAAAGAUGAACUGUCCAGCAUUGACAAAGAAGGAGAUAUCAAGAUGGGUGAUGGGACUAACGCAGAUGGCGCAAACGGUGACAUUGUCACCAUUCCAAUCAACGUCGACGAUGAAUUGUCCGAUAUCCCGGCGGAAAUGCGGGAAACUGUGGCCAAAGAAAUCGCCUCAUUCAGAGAUAGGAGUGUUCGUCGUGACAUUGAACGACUCAAACGAGAAGAGGAAGUAGAACAGCAAGAACGGAAUCGAAUGAAUAAUGAACGAUUUAAUCGCCUUGCUUCACCACCACCACCAACAGCACCUUCAGGCCCAGCAGGAGGUGCUAACGGUAUCCCUGUCGGUCCACGCGGAGCACCGGCGGGUCCCAAAGGCUUUGGUCAGCAGAUACCGCGAGACUACCAAAAGGGUGUCACAUUCGUGAAUGGGACCGGUAUCAAUGGUGCAUCGGCCUUCGAAGACGAGGAUACGGAUGCAAGCGACGAAGAAUUGGAGCGGAGACGGAAAGAGAAGAAAGAUGCAGAGCAAGAAAAGCAUUACCUAGAUCAGGAGCGCAGAUGGUUGAAUCGCGAGAGAUCACGGACAGCCGCGGUUGAAAGAGAGAAAGCUCGCGAAAAGGAUGAAGCUGCUCGCCUCGAAGAGGAGAAACUAGCAAUGGCUAAGAGACUUCGAGAAUGGGAUGACGAUGUCGAAGCAUCCCGCAAGGUCGAGGAAUAUUACAGCGACCGCAGUCUCUGGACUCGCAAUCGUGUCUCAUUCCGCCAGAGAGAAAUUCAAAGUGACGAUGCCGACCGCGCAGCAGAACAACGCGAACGAGCACGCGAGGUCCAACAGCAAGAUCGCGCAGGCGCCAUGGCUGACGACUUCCUCAGCCGGCAGGAAGACGAAAUGGCACGACAAGACGACGAGCAGGACAGAACCCAAACAGGAGGCCUUCCACGGCCAGAGCCUGCACGAUUCAAACUCUCACUUGGCGCCGCGGCUCAAAGAGCGGCAGCGCAAAGCGCCUCUCAAGCCUCAAAACGCACCAUGGUCACAGACGCCGAAGGCCUGCUCGAAGACGAAGAGGAAGACGCAUCCUCCACGACUCGUCGGACUCUCAUUCCCAUCCAAUUCGACAAGAAUGACACUCUCGCCAUGUCUGAAGAGGAACGAGCUGCUGCGGCGCGCCAGCUGGCUCAGGAUAUUCCGAAUGACAAAGACGGCCUCUGGAGCUGGGAGGUCAAAUGGGAGUUUGUGGAUGAGAGCGUCAUCGACGAGCGACUAAAGCCGUUUGUCGAGAAGAAGAUCGUUGAAUACCUUGGUGUGCAGGAGCAAAUGCUUGUCGAUGUCGUGGUUGCGGCGCUCAGGCGCCGUGGGAAACCUGACGAGUUGGUUGGCGAGCUGGAAGGAGCUCUUGAAGACGAAUCCGAAGUCUUGGUCCGCAAACUGUGGCGCAUGCUUAUUUUCUUCUCCGAAUCUGAGAAGAGAGGCCUGUCUGCCUAG